GUAGAAGACCACGAUAAAAGAAUCAGCAUCUUCUUGAAGUCCAGCACUACAAGCACAACUUGAACGCUUCAAACACUCAACUCAAACUCCUCUCACCAUGUGUUGCAGAAAGAACCGUCAGAGAUACUUCGAGCAACAAGCGUUGUAUUCGCCACCCGCACGAGGCUGUUGUGGACAACGUCGAACACGUCUUCAGAUAAGCACCUCCAACACCUCCAACUUCUCCGAACGACCUACCAUGGCUGGUCUCCUUGCCAUAAGUCUCGGUCUGGGUGCAGAGAAGCUGGGACGCACCAUAUCCGAGAAAAGACUCGAGCGCAAGGAGAAGAAGGCUAUUACUCAACAUGAAGCGAUCUAUGGCUCUUCAUCAUCGGCGCCACCACCGCCAACCACAACUCGAGAGCAGAAGAGUAGGUCGGAAAAGAAACGCGAGGAGGCUCAGCGCGCACUGGAUGAAGCUCGUCGAGAGCCACCAAGUGCGCCACAGUACGAAAGCAGACGCCGAAGUAUGGAGACAGAGAGGGUCAGUAGUGAGGAACCGCCGCCGAGUUACGAUGAUGCAGUACGUCACGAUGAAAAGCGUUCUUGAAUCGUCAAUAUCUACGGCGGACAUGUAUUCUGUACGAUGCUGGUGUACAUUUGGUUUGGCAUGAUGCUUCGUUCGUCACUUUGUAACUAUCUCUAAUUAGCGAAAACCAUUCGGUUACUUAUGAGAUCAACGCCGCUCUUGUCACCUCAGAAUUUUUGCUCGCAAGCUC